AUGGCGACAGAUCAGGAAAUGAAGAGCGAAUUCAAACGCAGCGGCUUUAAACUUGUGGAAGAAGACGAGAUUCUUAAGAGAUGUGUUACUCUCUGCAUAAACUAUAGUCUCACGCCUUCCGAGCUCGUUUCAAGUUGGGAACUUUAUCAUCUCAAUCGACAAUGUAUUGAUCAAACUGUUACAAAGGAUGAAAUUGAUGGGUUUAUAGUGCAUCUUCAUAACCAGCAGAAAGAAGCUAUUUUGAAAGAGGCAUCUGGUCUUCAUAUAUACUCACACAGAGAUGUUGACAUGCUUUUGGAUGGGAUUCCAGAAGAUACAGAAGAAGUGAUUGUCACUACACCUACAAACAAGUCUCAACGGUUACAUCCGGAUCCAUUUGACUCAGUGAACAGAUCAAAAGAUUACGGUUACUCUUCUGCCAAGUCAGCUGGACAUGUGACACCGUUUGGACGACGAGUCGACAAGUUUGUGGUGAAAUUUAGCCUUGGUGAUGCGACUGCAAACGCAGAGAACGGGAACAAGAAUGAUGUAGAGAGCAGUGAGGAUGAUAUGAUCAUCAAGAGAGUUCAAACGAGUCACAGGUGUUCUCUUAAAGUCAAUGGCUCAGGUCCUGAACCGGGUUGCAGGUUCAUGUAUGACAGAACUGAGGACAGGUUUAACGCACUCGAGAACCGGAUUAGAAAGCAUGCAGAUGCGUUUGCUGCCUCGGGGUUAUAUGAGGAACAGGUGGAUCCAGCUGUUGCUUCACAGAGAAGUAUAUUUGCUGUGGGGAUGAUUUGUUGUGAUGGAGAGGGGCAUUUGAAUGACAAAUCCAUUCUAUUGCAGAGCAGUGCUAUGCGUACUUCAGGACAGCGCGUUCCACUAGACUUGAACAGACUAAAUCAGUUCUCCAUUUUUCCUGGCCAGAUAGUUGGCAUUGAGGGACAAAAUCCUAGUGGACAUUAUCUCACUGCAUCCAAACUGUUGGAUUCAGUUCCUUUAACUGCUACUCCUGACGUUGAUCUACCUCCUGCUAAGAAGCAAAACUUGGAUCAGGAGGUCUUAGCUGUUGCAGAUGAGUCCCGUGAAAAAUCAGAGGUUUCAUUUGUAAUUGCAUCCGGACCAUUCACCACGUCAGACAACUUGAUGUUUGAGCCACUGAAUGAGCUACUAGCCUAUGUAAAAAGAAAGCCGCCUCAGUUACUCGUGCUGCUUGGACCAUUUGUGGAUUCAGAGCAUCCAGAGAUUAAGAAAGGAACUGUUGAUGCCACUUUUGAUGAGAUAUUCCAAAUAGAAGUAAUCAGAAAGUUGCAAGAUUAUGUGGAAUUCAUGGGAUCAGAAGUAAGAGUGGUUCUAGUGCCAUCCAUCCGCGAUGCUAACCAUGAUUUCAUAUUCCCACAGCCUCCUUUCAACAUUCGCAUACCUGAUCUUGAACAUCAGAUGACCAGUCUAUCAAACCCGGGAACCUUCGAGGCAAACCAGGUGAAGGUAGGUUGCUGCACAGUUGAUGUACUAAAACAUCUUAGUGGGGAAGAGACGUCAAAAAAUCCAAGUGGAGUCCCCAUUGAUCGCAUGUCAAGACUCGCUAGCCAUCUCCUUCGCCAGCAAAGCUUCUAUCCUCUGUAUCCACCACCAGAGAGCCUCCCUUAUGACUCCUCACUCGCUCCUAAGGCUCUACAGAUUCCAUCAAUCCCUGAUAUUCUCCUGCUUCCAUCAGACAUGAGGUACUUCGUGAAGGUUUUGUCCAUUGGAGAAGGAGAAGAUGCAGCCAAGUGUGUGUGUGUAAAUCCAGGAAGACUUGCGAAAGGAGAAGGCGCAGGUACUUUUGUUGAGCUUACCUACAAUGGCGGUCCAGAAUCGAUGCAUGCUUCCAUCAUCUCUAUUUAA